AUGACAGCUCUUCCGUUCGAUCAGCCUAGAUUCGACUGGCAAGCCGGAGACUUGUACCAGGAAUUUUGCCGGUUCAGGCAACACGUGGGCUUCAUCUUUAAAGGGCCACUCGCUAAAUCCGAUGCCAAGCAUAAGGCAGGAUGGAUUGGUAUGUGGAUUGGACAAGAAGGUAGGGAAGUUUACAAAACCUUUGUGUUUGAAAAUGAUGAUGAGGACAAUCCAGAGAAAAUUCUGGAGAAAUUAGAAAGCUACGUUCGUCCCAAGAAAAACAAGCGAAUGGCAAGAUUCAGACUCCAUCAAAGAACACAAAAGGAAGCAGAAACUUUUGAUAACUUUGUCAAGGAUCUUAAGAUCUUAGCUAUGGACUGUGAUUACGCGGAUAACGAUGAUGUUUUGAUUGACUUAAUCAUUAGUGGCGUCAGACAUAAGAAAGUGCAAGAGAGGCUGUUAGAACAAGGCCAGGACAUCACACUUAAGAGAGCCAUAGAAAUUGGACAGCAGUUUGAACUGUCACAGGCACAAGUCAAAUUCAUGAGAGGAGAAGAAGUGCUAAAAAUAGACACUCGUUCACACAAGAAGCAACCUACAAAGAACAAUGUGUCGCGCAACAAAAGUGCAAAAACUGACAAACCAAAAAGCUCUAAACAAAAUGACAAUCGGAACUGUUCAAGUUGUGGUCUGGAACAUGAAUAUGGAAAGUGCCCAGCAGAAGGAACCACUUGCAGUUAUUGCAAACAACGAAAUCACUGGAAGAAAGUGUGUCGUCGGAGGUUGAAACAUGUUAAAGUCAGCACAGUACAAGGAGACCCAGAUUCCUAG